UAGGAGAAUCUGAGUGUUAUUUUUCUUGAAAAUAUAUAUGUGUGAGAACUUUUGGUUUAUUUCAGUUUUGUUAUGGUUUGCAUUUUUUAAAUAAUAAUUAAUCAUGAUGUGUUCUAUUGACUAAAUGCUUAGACUGAGGUAAAUAGUACCCGAGUUUGUGUGUGAAUGUUUUGUGUCAACAAGGUACUACCGAGAGCAGGUGACAUUGCCUGCUCCCAGUAGUACCUGAAAGGUGCGUCAAAGUAUAUUUUUUCAACCCCAUCAAGCAAAGAUUAUUAUUGUUUCUCUAAUAAAUUGUGUUAUUUCAGAAUUAGUUUCAAAUUAGUUUGAAAAAAUUACCUAUUUGACACACUCUGCAUACAAGUAAUAAAAUUAUCGAUUGUGUUCUUUAGUGUGUUUGGUAAUAUUUAUCUGGCAGCUAUUUUCUUCCAAUUUAAGAAUAAUGUAUUGUUAUCGUAAAUAUUGACUUAAGCAGUUAUAAGGUACCGUCACUAAUGAAAGUGUUUUUUUGCCUGUAGAUUGAAGUGUGUAAACCAGUAGACUGCCGUUAACAAAAUGUCGGACAUUAAAGUUUAAAAGUGAUAUUAAAACUAAAAAAAGUGUAAUGGAGAAUUUCAAUAACAGUACUGCAACCAACGAAGAAUGGAACCAAGCAACUGUAAAUAGUACCCACGACAUCAUCCACAACCCUUUAGUGCAGUCUAUCUUCUUCAUGGUGUACACCACGAUCUUCGUGUUAGGCAUAUUCGGCAACGUUUUAGUUUGUUACGUGGUAUUUAGAAGUCGUGCCAUGCAAACAGUAACCAACCUCUUCAUUACAAACUUGGCUUUAUCCGAUAUUUUGCUGUGUGUCCUCGCUGUACCUUUCACUCCUCUGUACACAUUUUUGGGCGAAUGGGUGUUUGGAAGUGUCAUUUGUCACCUGGUGUCGUACGCCCAAGGAGCCAGUGUGUAUAUUUCUACGCUUACUUUAAUGUCAAUAGCCAUCGACCGGUUCUUCGUCAUCAUUUACCCUUUUCACCCCCGCAUGAAGAUCUCUACUUGCAUCUUCAUCAUCGUCAUUAUUUGGGUGUUCUCGAUUCUAGUGACCCUCCCAUAUGGGAUCUACAUGACAUAUUUUCAAGGCAACAGCACCGACACCACCACUAAAGUCAAGUACUAUUGCGACGAAAAUUGGCCUAGUGAAAAAUGGCGCAAGCUGUUUGGGGGGUUUACAACCACCAUGCAGUUUAUCUUUCCCUUCUUCAUCAUCAAAUUCUGCUACAUUUGUGUUUCGAUCAAACUUAACGACCGCGCAAGGAGCAAGCCCGGCUCCAAAAACUCGCGCAAGGAAGAAGCCGAUCGCGAACGCAAACGAAGAACUAAUCGGAUGUUGAUCGCUAUGGUGGCCAUCUUCCUCAUCUCGUGGCUCCCCCUCAACUUGAUCAACCUCAUCAACGAUUUCUACGACCAAAUCGGCAACUGGGAGUACUACCUACUCAGCUUUUUCUUGGUGCACGCUUUGGCCAUGUCCUCGACGUGCUACAAUCCUUUCUUGUAUGCCUGGUUGAAUGAAAAUUUUCGCAAAGAGUUUAAGCAAGUUUUACCGUGUUGUGACUCGGGUUCGAUGAGAGUACCACCUGGAAGGUUGGGGAACUGGAGGUCCGAGAGGACGUGCAAUGGAAAUAAUGAGACGCAGCAAGAGUCGCUGUUGCAGAGUGGAGUGCAUAGGGCUGCGUCUAUCAGAGAAAGAAAAUCAACUCCGCCACCCUUGAAAACUGACAGUGUUGAGGUGGAGAAUAUUUUAGUGCCAAAUGCAAACAGUGGGGUUCCUACCAUGGGAGCGGUUUAUGACUCCGCAGCGGAGACCGUCAGGUUGAGGCUAAUUACAGAGGAGGAACCGCCCCCUUAUGAUGCUUCAAUGAAAAUUGGAGAGUAAUUUGUUGGCAACAGUAUUGCAACUUUGGACUGAUGGCAAUCUUCAAAGUUUCCAAACAUUUCUCGAAGUAUUUACAUUGGAUUCAACUCUGUGUCAAAGUGUUAUUCGGCGUUCUUUGUGUACAUAAUAUUUACCAAUAGUGAUAAAGCUUAGCCUACUGUGUAUUAUAUUAAUUUUGUAUAUACUAUGAAUAUUUCUAAAUAAAUAUCGUUAUGUGAC